UCAAGCCUCAAUUUGCACAUUUACCGCCUGUUUCUUCAGGGCUGCGUUUCGAUAUUCUCUAUCACUACUGAAAUUUUAUAGUUUACGUCGCGCACACUAUACAUUUCUAGCGACGGCAGCAAAACCCGAACGUAUCCUGUACAAUUUUAGGCAAAUCGAAGUACGAGAAGCGCGUUUUAAAAUUCGCGGCAAGUAUUUAUUUCCGCCAUUGCGGUAACGUGAUCAAAUAAAAGUGUUGCGUCCCUUCUACGUAUGAUAUAUCCAUUGGUAACGUUUCCCCGCCAUCUUGAAAAGUUCUUUCCUGCCGCAUCUUCCCGCUGGGGCACGUGGUCCAAGAUGUCGUCGCACUUGAACUGGAUGAUAAUCCGCAACAACAAUGCCUUCCUUCUUAAGAAGCGCAACAUCAACAAGCCGUUUUCUACGGAAGCGAACAACUUGACGAACCAGAGCAGUUAUCGCUACUCCGGUUUGGUUCACCGCAAGAGCGUGGGCAUCGUCGAUACCCCCGACAAGAAGGGGUUCACGGUUGUCUACAAGAAGGCCAAAGCGAUCAACAAGCCGGCCAAGGCUAAUGUGAAGAGCACGAUGAAGGCGGGAGCCCGUCGUUCUCUCCACAAGUUGAAGACGCUGCUUAGAAAAAACAAGUACCGUGUGGAUCUUACCAAGGCUGCACUACGACGAGCCAGUGCUGUGCUGAGGUCCCAGAAGCCUCUUCCUACUAAGAAGACACGAACCACUAAAAAGGCCGAUUAAUUUGUAUACUUCAUUAAAUAUAUGUUGUAAAUUAAAAUA